CCCCAUGCUACGACCAGAACAAAAACAUACUAUUAGCGUUAAUACGUGUGUUUUUCGUGUAGUUACAGUAGUAUUUCUGGCAUGUUCUUCUGUCGCGCGAGUGUGACGUCAUCGCAUCCGCAGUUCGUUGCGGUUUCUUUUUAAAAUUAGACGUGUUCGUGUAGCUUAAUGAUGUAUAUUCUUACUUUCAUUGCGUGUGUAAAGCGUUUAUUUCGCACUGUCUGUGUGGCUGCAAAUGAUACCAACAGAAAAAUAUGUCAAACAUAUCACAAAAAAAAAUCUGGCUUGGAUAUUUUGUUUUCUUUUUUUUUUUGCCAGAUGUUAAUUCAGAGUUUUUAUGAAAAGGCAUUAUAGAAUAGAACGUUAUUUGUCAUUGUAGUUAUACAACGAAAUUUGUUUGGUAACUCCCAGAGGACUGAGAUUGUUAUAAUACUAAGUUUAGUUAAUUUAAAAAACAUUGAAAACGAAUAAUAAGGGAUAGAGAGUUCACAGUAUAAAGCGACAUACAUUUAAAAUACGUUGGAAACCGCUUCUGUUAUUGAGCGUGGUGUUCUCCCAUUGGCCCCCCGGGUGCGCUGACGUCAGCGGGGUUGUGGGGUUUGUAGUCUUUCCUCGUUCCCGAACGGGUUGACAGCAGCGCUGAGCGCGCCCGCGGAGAACUACAGCGCGGCGCGCGUGUGUGUGACGUGUGUUUGUUUGGAGGCGGGGCGUGCGGCGGGGUCUACACGCGGUAGUUCGAGUUUGACAGCUCAUCUCUCGAAACACUGAGCAACACUCAGCACUUACUCAACAUUUACUCAAGGCAUGACUGUUUUAAUCCCUUCUCUGUUUGUUCUGGGACUUUUGGGACUUUUGUAUUCAAAACAGCCGCAGCUGACCGGGGUGCUGGACGACUGCUUCUGCGACAUCGAGAGCAUCGACGCCUUCAACAACUUCAAGAUCUACCCGCACGUCCUCAAGCUCACCGAGAGAGACUUCUUCCGCUACUACAAGGUGAACCUGAAGCGCCCGUGCCCAUUCUGGCCCGAUGACGGCCAUUGCUCCAUCAAAGACUGCCACGUAGAGCCAUGCCCAGAGAGUAAAGUUCCUGUAGGAAUUAAAUCCGGCAACUAUAACAAGUUUUCUCAGGCCGGCGCUGGCGUCCUCGACUGUGAACAGGCUCAUGAACUGGGCGCCAUCAACAACACACUGAGUAAUCAGAGUAAAGAGGCGUUCGCAGACUGGGCUCAUCACGACGACGCUCAGGACUACUUCUGCGGGUUAGACGACGAGAUGUCUCCUGAGGCCGAGUACGUGGACCUGCUCCUGAACCCGGAGAGAUACACCGGAUAUAACGGCCCGUCCGCCUGGAGAGUCUGGAACAGCAUUUAUGAGGAAAACUGCUUCAAGCCGAGAUCAGUGUAUCGUCCUCUGAACCCUCUGGCUCCCAGUCGAGGUGAUGAUGAUGGCGAAGGCUUCUACACGUGGCUGGAGGGGCUGUGUUUGGAGAAGCGUGUGUUCUACCGUCUGAUCUCCGGCCUCCACAGCAGCAUCAACAUCCACCUGUGCGCUGAAUACCUGCUGGACGAGGGCUGGGGCCGGCCGGUGUGGGGUCCAAACCUGCAGGAGUUCCGCCAGCGCUUCGACCCGGCCGAGACCAAGGGCGAGGGAACGCGCCGCCUGAAGAACCUGUACUUCCUGUACCUGAUCGAGCUGCGCGCGCUCACUAAAGUGUCCCUGUACUUUGAGCGCUCCUUCAUUAACCUGUACACGGGGAACAGCGACGAGGACUCGGCCACCAAAGCCCUGCUUCUCCAGAUCCUCAACGUCACCAAAGCAUUCCCCAUGCACUUUGACGAGAGCUCCAUGUUUGCUGGACAUAAAAUGGAGGCGAAGACAUUAAAGGAGGAGUUCAGGCUGCACUUCAAGAACAUCUCCCGCAUCAUGGACUGCGUCGGCUGCAGCAAGUGCCGGCUCUGGGGGAAACUGCAGACGCAGGGUUUGGGGACGGCGCUCAGGAUCCUGUUCUCUGAGAGAGAGAUCAAAGACCUCCCGGAGAACAGUCCGUCGAGCGGCUUCCAGCUGACGCGGCAGGAGAUCGUGGCGCUGAUCAACGGCUUCGCCAGAUUGUCCACGAGUAUAAAAGAGUUGCACAACUUCCGCACUCUCCUGAAGGACCACAGGUGACCCCAGUGACCCCAGUGCCUGCUGUAGUGCGGUCAGGCCAGCGCGACCCAUCUCAGGGACCGGCAGAACUCCUCUCGACCCGAUCUCAGUGCGACUCACAGGAACUCUUCAAGCUCUUUAUCCUCCUCUGCAUGUUCAAGACUGUGUGUGUGUGUGUGUGUGCGCGCGAGUGUGUGUGUAUACUUCCUUGUGUUCCUCUGUCGACUGCGGUGUGUGUGUGUAUUCCUGCUGAAUACUGUAAUCUCAUUACUUUUAAAUCUCUUAUUAAUCCAGUGAAGAAGAUCAUGUCCAGGUCACAUUUACCUCAAAAUCAGAAAUAAUUAUGAAUACACGAUCAGUCAAAGUCUGGGGUCGGGAAGAUUUCUAAUGUUAAUUCAGUUUAAACAGUAAAACAGUGUAAUAUUUAUUUAUUACUCCAGUCUUCAGUGUCACAUGACCCUUCACAAAUCACUCUAAUAUGAGGAUCUGAUGAUCAACACACAGUUAUGAUUAUUAUCAUAAAUAAUGGAGGAAUAUUACACUGUUUUACUAUAUUUUUGUUUUUAGUUGUAAUUAAAUAAACACAGUCUUUAGAGCAGAAGAGACUUUUAAAAACAUUGAAACUCACCGAUCCCAAACCUGUGUGUGUGUGUGUGUGUGUGUGUGUUCUGCUGAUUCUGAGGGGAUUAUGGCCUGACGAACUCUCGACUGUGUGUGUGUGUGUGUGUGUGUGUGUGUGUGUAAGGACAUUCCUCAUCUCAAGUGAAGAUGUUUUGUUUUUAGGACCAUGGAAAUUAAUUUAAUGAGCUUUAAAGAGGAAACUGCGGCGUAUUGUUACACAUUUAAGCGACUGAUAACAAGCAAUAAUGUUCCUCCAGCGAGUCCAGAUUCCUUAUAUUUUUUUAAUUAUCAUUAAUUAUAAAAUGAUUUUUUGCAAUGCAAUAUGAGUUUCAAGGAGAAAUAGACUCAGAUGAAGAUCUCGGCGUAGAGUCGCUGUUUCAUCAUCUUUUACACACACACACACACAUGCACUCACACACACACACACACACACUCACACACACACACACACACACAUCUGAGCCGAAGCUCCUGUGUGUUUCACUUCUCCUCAAUCUGGAAGUUUGGCCUUCCUCAUGGACUCUGGAGGAAUAAUUUAGUGUAGAGAUGGAAGAUUAGAUGAAGAGCAGCUAUCUGUGUGUGUGUGUGUGUGUGUGUGUGUGUGUGUGUUCCACUUGUCUGCCUUAAUAUUUCUGAAUGACAGUAUAAUACUGUAAAUAUGCUGAAGCUCCUCUGCCUUUCUGAUGUUGAUCAUGUUCAUGCUGUGAUUAAAGCAGGUUAAGUUGC